AUGCUCUUCCCUCUUAUUACCCUUUUAAGCUGUGCUUUUGUCAAUGCGCUCCCGGGCGAGGUUGCUCCAGGCAAACAGGGCGGGCCUCAGGGUUGGGGCGGAGGCAAGGAUGGUGGGGUGAAGAUUUGGCAAGGUGGGGAUGGCGGUUCGAUCAAGAACAUUGGCAUUUGCCCUGGUGGUGGUUGCGACCAGGAUGCUUGUGACACCGAGGUAGGAUACAUUAUCUAUGGGUAUCCGGAGAGCCACGACAAGUUGUACUACAACUGCCACAGCCACGAGCACCACUACGGCUACAGUAUCAACCUGCACUUCUACAGCCACGACCACCACUACAGCCACGACCACCUCUACAGCCUCGACCACCAAGACAGCCACGAGCACCACUACGGCUACAGUAUCAACCUGCACUUCUACAGCCACGACCACCACUACGGCCUCGACCACGACCACGGCCACAAAGACCAGUACGACAGUAUCAACCACAACUACCACUACUACGGCUACUGCUACUGCUACCUCAUACUGCUUUUGCUGCACCAAUCAACAGCAGCUUUCCAAGAACUUUCUCACCGGAACCUGUUACACAAAUCCAGGCCGUGCGAGUUGCCCAUUGCCGGGCCACAACGGGCAGAGUCACCUAGUCUGCUGCGACCAGACUGGGACCUGCACACAGCUAUCUUAACUUCGCUAGAUGCAGUCAUUUUCGUGCUAGAUUCGGAACCCAUGUUAAUUAUGUUUUCUGAAUUGAGCUACUACGGAACACGCCUAAUAACGUUCGUAUGGUACUUCGACUGCGAGAGGCGGUGA